UCUAAAUCUUUCCAUAUUCCCCAUCUUCACAUGCACCCUCUCUCGCAACAUUAGCAAAUAGCAGGAGAAGAGAAAAAAAAAGAAAAAAGAAAAAAAUCCACAACAAAGAAAAAAUACAGAGAGAGAGAGAGAGAGAGAGAGAGGGAGAGAAAGAAAACAAGAAAUAUUUAUUUCUGGACGUGAAUUUGGUAGAAAAAUAUGACCAGCAUUUUGGAGGUGGAGCGUGACAAGUAUAGCAUGAUUAACUUUGAAGAGACGGAGCUCCGCCUGGGAUUACCAGGUGGAAGUGCCGGAAAUGAUGGUGAGCUGGCAGCCAAGAAUGGUGGGAAGAGAGGGUUCUCAGAAACCGUUGAUUUGAAGCUCAAUCUAUCUUCCAAGGAAUCUGCUGGAAAGAAUGAAGUUGAUGAGAAGAUGAAGAAUAAGAGUGUUGUUCCUCCCUCUAAUGAUCCUGCAAAGCCACCAGCCAAGGCACAAGUGGUGGGAUGGCCACCCGUCCGAUCAUUCCGAAGGAACAUCGUGAACGUCCAGAAGAACAGUAACGACGAAGCCGACAAGGCUAGCGGCAGUACUGCAGCCUUUGUUAAGGUUAGCAUGGAUGGUGCACCAUAUUUACGUAAGGUGGACUUGCGGCUCUACAAGAGCUACCAGGAACUUUCUGAUGCCCUAGGCAAAAUGUUCAGCUCCUUCACCAUUGGUAAUUGUGGAUCACAAGGGAUGAAGGAUUUCAUGAACGAGAGCAAAUUGAUAGAUCUCUUGAAUGGUUCCGAGUACGUGCCAACUUACGAGGACAAGGAUGGAGAUUGGAUGCUUGUUGGUGACGUGCCAUGGGAGAUGUUUGUUAAUUCAUGCAAGCGCUUGCGGAUAAUGAAAGGAUCUGAAGCAAUUGGACUUGCACCAAGAGCGGUGGAGAAAUGCAAGAACAGAAGCUGAAAGUGGGGGGUUUUUCCGAUCUGUUCUUUCCGACCGGCUCGAGAGAGGCCGAGCAGGGGGGUUUGGAUGUGUCUGUUGUACCAUGUCUUUUUGUUUCCUCUUUUCUUUUUCUUUUUUUAAUAUUUAGAAGCAUAUGAGAGACAUAUUAAUGGAGAUUUGUUAGGGAACAAGAAGCAAAUAAUAUAGAAGAUGUUUAUAAGACCUUGCUCAUGUUCAUGUGUAUUAAUUUUUCUUUUUCUUUUUCUUUUUCUUUUUUAAUGGUUUGUAUAAUAAAAAUGUCAACGUUUUCUUGUUGUCA